AUGGUGCUACUUUCAACGAGACGAAGUCGACUAACGGCCGAGGCCCCGCGAGGCCGCAACAGUGGCAAUAACAUCAAGGCUAGGAUCAUUCGCGCGGGCCGGAUGCCCCAGCUUCCCAGGGAGGAUACCGAGAUCGUGAUUCGGCCCCGCGGGGGCCUCAAUGUUGUCAAGACCGGCUGCACCGUGGUGGCUGAUGCAAUCCUGGCGGCCACAAGCACCUGCGCCGAAGAUUUGCGGGUAGCCCUAAGGACCGAUCGACAGCGCUUCAGGGCCCUCAUAAGGAAGGAAGUCAACCUGGGGGGUCCCAACCCCCUGGUUCUGGCGGGCGAUUUCAAUGCUCCGCACCACACUUGGGGCUCCCCUUACAAUACCAGCAAGGGCGUGGAACUGUGGCAGAGCGCGACUGACAUUGACCUGACUCUAAUCACCGACAAGGCCUUUCCAACUUGGUUGGGCUCUUCAUCCUGCAGAGACUCGACUCCCGACUUGACCUUCAUCAAGAAUCUCCCCGAUGUACACAUAUGGCUGCACACAUUCGGAGUGCCACCACCGGUGCCCAAGAGUCAGGUGCGGAGCGCUCUGCCCGCGCCAGAGCACGAUUCUCCGUCCAUGGAACAACUCUUCUACAGGGAACACUUCGCGACGGCACGACGGACGCAGGCUGAAACGAGCGAGUUCCGAAGCAAGAACAACGUCACCGUCAGAGGACGAGCAGUUCCGACGCCCAUUUUGCAACUUUACGAAGCCAACUUGCCGGAAUGCGUCGCCGAAGCUGCCGCCUGCGCUCUCAAACACGGCCCUCUCACCGCCUUGCAGUCGCAGUGCUGGCCCGUGGCACUUCGCGGCAGGGACCUCCUCGCGAUCUCACACAACCGGGCUCAAGCGAACGAGCAGGCCUACCUUGUACCAGCCAUCGUCCGCGCUGUGCACCAGCCAUCUACUGGCAAUGGUCUUGUUACGCUCAUACUCGUUCCGACCCUCGAGGUGGCGGAGAAAAUUCAACGUCUGGUUGCGGACUUGGAGAUGUACACCGGUGUUCGUUCCGUGUGCCUGUGCUCGGGUGAUUGGAAGGAAAGACAGCUGAAGAUACUUAAGAAGGCGAGUUACGGGAUGUGGAUCGCGACGCCUAGCCGUUUGCUAUCGUUCUUGAAGGAAGGGAAGGUGAAAAUUAGCGGCUGUACACUUCUAGUGCUGGAUGAAGCUGACCGCAUGUUGGCGAUGGGCUUCGAGAAAACGCUUCGCUCCAUCGCUGCCGUCGUCCGACCUGAUCGCCAGACGCUCGUAUUGGCAAACUCUGCAUCGAGGGAGGUUGGAGACCUUGCCGAUUUCUUGCUCAGAGACCACGUCCAGGUUACCAUCGGAUACAGCAAGCUGGCAGAGAACGAGAGGGUCGAGCAGACAGUUAUCGUAUGUGAGAAACCUCGCAAACUGGAUCGGCUCGUCACCUUGUUUGAGGACAUUCUCAAAAAAAAGGAUGACAAGGUCAUCGUCUUCGUCGAGACUAGGUCAAACGUGGAAAAGACCGUGUUUGAACUACAGCUGCGGGGCUGGUCUGUCACCGGCAUCCACGGCGCGAAGACGAGGGACGAGCGACGGCGGGCUAUGGACGCGUUCAAGUCGGGUCUGUCGAGCAUUCUCGUGGUGACCGACGUUGCAGCUCAGCAGGUGGACGUCGGCUGCGUGCGCUACGUCGUCCAUUACGACCGCCCGGCGAACGCAGGACGUCUACGUGAACCGCGUGAACUGCGCGUCGCACUGCGACAGAUCGGGAGUGGCGUACGCCUUUCUUGCUCCCGACGAUGCCCGUCACGCGAAAGAGCUCGUCUUUUACCUGCGAGACGCCGGCCAGGAGGUUGA